GCCCUCCCCACGGAACCCACUCCCACACCCAAGACCAACGCGUCCAAAGCAGCAGAGGAGUCCAAGAACCAGAGCACCGAGGGAAGGAAGCGCUAUCUCCUCCAUGGCCGGCUGCUGCGUCUUCCUCCGGCGGCCGUCGACCUCCUCCGCCCACCGCCUCGGCUACCACUCCCUGGACGGCGACCACGAGGCCGGCCCGCCCCCGGCGGCGACGGUGACGGUGGUGGUCGGCAAGGAGCGGCGGGUGUUCGCCGUGGACCAGCUGGUGCUCGACACCUACCCGUUCCGGGUGCUCCUGGAGACGGCGGCGCGGAAGGAGGAGCGCAGGAGCAAGGCCCUCUUCGUGGACGUCGACGCCAUCCUCUUCGAGCACAUCCUCUGGCUCGCCGGCUGCCACGACCGCUCCGCCGUCUCCCUCCUCCAGCCCGACCUCAAGGACAUCAUCGACUUCUACUCCCAGGACGCCUGAAGACGAUCAUCUCAUCACAUUCUUCUUCAGUCGGCCCAUUCUUUUAUUUUUCUUCUUCUUCUUUUCCUGACGCUAAUGUUCAUAAUGUUCAGAUCAUCUGUUAUAAGUUACGACAGUGAAAUGGGAAAUACUAUAAAUUAUAGAAAUAUAUAUAUAUAUCUAUUCA